UGGCAGAAACACCCUUCUAGGAUGUAGCAUUUGUAGUCACCGCGUUGCCACUGGUGAGGGUUGGACGUGCAUCGUGACCGGCUGAGUAAAUUCUGCGUCUCCCAGCAGGUGCUGGAGAAAGGAGAGAGUGAAUAGCCCUUCCAGACAUGGAGGACGGGAAGCCCGUGUGGGCGCCACACCCGACAGAUGGGUUUCAGAUGGGCAGUAUCGUGGAUAUCGGCCCCGACAGCUUGACGAUCGAGCCGUUGAACCAAAAAGGCAAGACAUUUUUGGCUCUUAUAAACCAAGUGUUCCCUGCAGAAGAGGACAGUAAAAAAGAUGUGGAAGAUAACUGUUCACUAAUGUACUUAAAUGAAGCCACACUGCUCCAUAAUAUCAAAGUUCGAUACAGUAAAGACAGAAUUUAUACGUAUGUUGCCAACAUUCUGAUUGCAGUGAACCCGUACUUUGAUAUACCUAAAAUAUAUUCUUCAGAUGCAAUAAAGUCAUACCAAGGAAAAUCUCUUGGAACAAUGCCGCCUCAUGUCUUUGCAAUUGCUGACAAGGCUUUCCGGGACAUGAAGGUGCUCAGGAUGAGUCAGUCUGUCAUUGUAUCUGGGGAAUCAGGAGCUGGAAAAACAGAAAAUACAAAAUUUGUUCUAAGAUACCUGACUGAGUCCUAUGGAACAGGUCAAGAUAUUGAUGACAGGAUUGUUGAAGCUAAUCCACUUUUAGAGGCGUUUGGAAAUGCAAAGACUGUUCGCAACAAUAAUAGCAGUCGAUUUGGAAAAUUUGUGGAAAUACAUUUCAAUGAAAAGAGUUCAGUUGUUGGAGGAUUUGUUUCACAUUAUCUUCUAGAGAAAUCUAGGAUCUGCGUUCAAGGCAAAGAGGAAAGGAAUUAUCAUAUCUUUUAUAGGUUGUGUGCUGGUGCUUCUGAAGAUAUUAGGGAAAAACUUCAUCUGAGCUCCCCAGAUAAUUUUCGGUAUUUAAACCGAGGCUGCACCAGGUACUUUGCCAACAAAGAAACUGACAAACAGAUUUUGCAGAACCGUAAAAGUCCUGAGUAUCUUAAGGCUGGUUCCUUGAAAGACCCUUUGUUAGAUGACCACGGAGACUUCAUUCGCAUGUGCACAGCCAUGAGAAAGAUUGGCCUGGGUGAUGAGGAAAAGCUCGAUCUAUUCCGAGUUGUAGCUGGUGUCCUGCACCUUGGAAAUAUUGAUUUUGAAGAAGCUGGCAGCACUUCAGGUGGUUGCAAUCUGAAGAACAAAUCUACUCAGUCGUUAGAAUACUGUGCCGAGUUACUGGGUUUGGACCAAGAUGAUCUCCGAGUGAGUUUAACUACAAGAGUGAUGCUGACGACAGCAGGGGGCGCCAAAGGCACAGUCAUAAAGGUCCCUCUGAAAGUGGAGCAAGCAAACAGUGCCCGUGAUGCCCUCGCGAAGACUGUCUACAGCCAUCUCUUCGACCAUGUGGUGAACAGAGUGAAUCAGUGUUUCCCUUUUGAAACAUCCUCCUGUUUUAUUGGAGUCUUGGAUAUCGCCGGCUUUGAGUACUUUGAACAUAACAGUUUUGAACAGUUUUGUAUCAACUACUGCAAUGAAAAACUCCAACAAUUCUUUAAUGAGAGGAUUCUUAAGGAGGAACAAGAACUCUAUCAAAAAGAAGGCUUAGGUGUUAAUGAAGUGCAUUAUGUGGAUAAUCAGGACUGCAUAGAUUUAAUUGAAGCGAAACUAGUGGGAAUACUAGAUAUUUUGGAUGAAGAAAAUCGCCUUCCGCAGCCAAGCGACCAGCACUUCACAUCUGCAGUGCACCAGAAACACAAGGACCAUUUCCGACUCACUAUUCCCAGGAAAUCCAAGCUGGCAGUUCACAGGAACCUCAGAGAUGAUGAAGGCUUUAUUAUCAGGCAUUUUGCAGGGGCCGUGUGCUACGAAACAACCCAGUUUGUGGAGAAAAAUAAUGAUGCUUUACAUAUGUCUCUUGAAUCCUUAAUAUGUGAGUCCAGGGAUAAGUUUAUACGGGAAUUAUUUGAAUCAUCCACAAAUAAUAACAAAGACACUAAACAAAAAGCAGGAAAACUUAGCUUCAUCAGUGUGGGAAACAAGUUUAAGACACAGUUAAAUUUGCUUUUGGAUAAACUUCGAAGUACUGGAGCGAGCUUCAUUCGUUGCAUCAAACCCAACUUGAAGAUGACGAGCCACCACUUUGAAGGUGCUCAGAUUCUGUCUCAGCUUCAGUGCUCAGGCAUGGUGUCUGUUUUGGACUUGAUGCAGGGUGGCUUCCCAUCACGAGCUUCAUUUCAUGAACUCUACAACAUGUAUAAAAAGUACAUGCCAGAUAAACUUGCAAGAUUAGAUCCACGGCUGUUCUGUAAGGCUCUUUUUAAAGCUCUGGGCUUAAAUGAAGUUGACUACAAGUUUGGGUUAACAAAAGUAUUUUUUAGACCUGGCAAGUUUGCAGAAUUCGAUCAGAUCAUGAAGUCGGACCCCGACCACUUAGCAGAGUUGGUUAAAAGAGUCAAUCACUGGCUGGUCUGCAGUCGCUGGAAGAAAGUCCAGUGGUGUGCGCUCUCUGUCAUCAAGCUGAAAAACAAAAUAAAAUACCGAGCAGAAGCUUGCAUUAAAAUGCAAAAAACUAUUCGGAUGUGGCUUUGCAAAAGGAGACACAAACCUCGCAUUGACGGCCUGGUUAAGGUGGGCACUCUGAAGAAGCGGCUUGACAGGUUUAAUGAAGUAGUAAGUGCAUUAAAAGACGGAAAGCCAGAGGUGAAUAAACAGAUCAAAGACCUUGAAAUUUCUAUUGAUGCUUUGAUGGCCAAGAUUAAGUCUACUCUGAUGACAAGGGAACAGAUACAGAGGGAAUACGACGCCCUGGUCAGAAGCUCAGAGGAGCUCCUCAGUGCGCUCCAGAAGAAAAAACAGCAGGAAGAAGAGGCAGAAAGGCUGAGGCGCAUUCAAGAAGAAAUGGAAAAGGAAAGGAAAAGACGGGAGGAGGAGGAGCAGCGUCGGAGAAAGGAAGAGGAGGAGAGGCGGAUGAAACUUGAGAUGGAAGCAAAGAGAAAACAAGAAGAAGAAGAAAGAAAGAAAAGGGAAGAUGAUGAAAGACGUAUUCAGGCGGAAGUGGAGGAGCAGCUGGCAAGGCAGCGCGAGGAGGAGUCCCAGCAGCAGGCCGUCCUGGAGCAGGAGCGCAGGGACCGGGAGCUGGCCCUGCGCAUCGCCCGCAGCGAGGCCGAGCUCAUCAGCGACGAGGCCCAGGGAGACCUGGUGCUGCGCAGCUUGGAUUCCUGUCACACAGCUGCUAAAAAUGAUGGAACAAGACCCAAAAUGACACCGGAACAAAUGGCCAGAGAAAUGUCUGAACUUUUGUGUAGAGGCCCCACUGUACAAGCCACCAAGGCUGCUGCUGGUACCAAGAAGCAUGACCUUAGCAAGUGGAAAUAUGCAGAACUCCGUGACACCAUCAAUACCUCUUGUGAUAUUGAGCUUCUGGCAGCUUGCAGAGAAGAAUUUCAUAGGAGACUAAAAGUGUACCAUGCUUGGAAGUCUAAGAAUAAGAAGAGAAAUACCGAAACAGAGCAACGCGCUCCCAAGUCUGUUACUGACUAUGAUUUUGCACCAUUUUUGAACAAUUCACCUCAGCAGAACCCGGCCGUUCAGCUCCCUGCGAGGCAGCAGGAGAUUGAAAUGAACCGGCAGCAGCGAUUCUUCCGAAUCCCAUUCAUUCGGCCUGCUGACCAGUACAAAGAUCCCCAGAGUAAGAAGAAAGGCUGGUGGUAUGCCCACUUCGAUGGGCCCUGGAUCGCCCGGCAGAUGGAGCUCCACCCUGACAAGCCGCCCAUCCUUCUUGUGGCUGGUAAGGAUGACAUGGAGAUGUGUGAGCUGAAUCUGGAGGAGACCGGCCUCACUCGGAAGCGUGGUGCUGAGAUUUUGCCAAGACAGUUUGAAGAGAUCUGGGAACGCUGUGGGGGCAUCCAGUACCUUCAGAGUGCAAUCGAGAGCAGACAGGCGCGGCCCACCUAUGCCACGGCCAUGCUGCAGAACCUGCUCAAGUAGCUGCUGCCCACUGCCCUCCCUGCAGCUGGGGCCCAGGUGCCGGUGGGAAGGAAGCGUGUCCAGGAGAGUUAACCCUCCUGAGCGCGCGUUAGAAUUACUUAUGCAAAGUGAACAGCUUUUACUAAUCAUGGCCUUUUGUUAAUUUGUUUAAGGUUAAUUAAGGUUAUGGGAGUGAUUUUUAGGACCUAAAAGUUCCUUUCCUUUAUCCAGCUGUAACUCUGAAUCCCCUCAUUAUCCCAGGGCUUGUCAGGCUUGGACAGAUUCCAUCUCUCAUUCUUGACAAUAGACUGCCUUGAGUCCAUCCUGAUUCCUUUCACAGAAAAGAGACUUUCACAAAUAUUUCAAAAGACAAGAGUACCUUAUAACUGGAGUAAUGAAACAUUAGUUUAAAUUUCUUAUAAGAAUUAAGGCACUUAAAAUGAUCAAGGUUUGAAAAGCAUCUGAAAAGCUGUGUAUUUUCUCUGCUUUUUCAGAAAUUCUUAGCUACUUCCAUCAAUAAUGGAAAUUCUGAUUUUUUUUCCUCCUCUCCUUUGCAAUGUGUCUUAGUUUUGGUGAAGCAAUUCUUACGAACUCCUAGAAUACUGGAAAGAGCCUUAAUUUAUUCAGUAUCUUCUGUGAUGAAGUACUCUGUGUCCAGCACUGAUUUGGUUUUCUUUUCUAUCAGACUGUGUGCUGCUGUCAGAAUAUUUUUUUAAAUAUAUUUCAUGGGCAAAUAAAGGAAAUCCAGAUUGUUUAGACACUUAGAAGUUUUGGGGUAAAGUUAGUUUCGUUUAGAAAGGGAAACAGCUGAGCUGGUGCUGUGGCUGAGCCGGGCUGGGUGCAGAUACUCUCUCAGCUUCAUCUCGUUGUGCUUCUUAUGUGAGAAUCUUGUCCAAGUCGUUUCAUAUGUUCUGAGCUGAUGUUUGUUUCAAAUAUCUUUUUAAUUCCUAGUGUCCUUUUUUUGCCUUUCAAGAUUUUGGAAAAUGUAGAGCUGUUUUAUAACUCAAAAGCCCUUCUACUUAGUAAUUGCUUGUUUCAUGUAACAGAUAAUUUAAAAAAGUUUUCCUUGUGUGUUCUUAGUCUUGAUCAAAUGUCAACAGUUUCAAACCUAAUAUUUAUGACUUCCAUGUUAGGAAUUUAGAGACAAAAGCCCAUCAGGGAGUUAUGCUGACAUAAUCCUAGAGUCUUGUUUGUAUCGUAGAAUAAAAUUAGAAAGUAAAAUUGUUCUCUGCACCUUUUUCUGGUUUUUAAAUAGUCUUAAAUAGUCCUCAUUUGAAAUGAAGUGUUAGCGAUUUUUUUUCACCUAGAAAAAGGCCUCAGUUAGGAAAAUAUUUCGCAGCCGACUAGAUUAAUGUUUGGAGCCGCAGAUGCUGUUUUCAGAGUUGCUCCUCUCAUCGCAAUGUCAUACUGCAGAAACGCGUAUUUAUUAUCAAGUUGCACAGACGACGGCCUUGUGUGAAGGAGUGCAGUGGCCCUGUCCUCGCUGAUAGCUAACAAUGUGGAUGUGAUUAUCUUCUGUCGGCUGUUUUGCUGCUCAGACCUCCCCAUCCUGGGGUCAUUUGGUGAUUGGGGCAGAAGGUUUAGUUACUGAAAUGAAUGACCUGUUUGCUUUCUCCUAUUUUUCACCUUCAAUUGGUGUUUUUAUUUGUGUGGGGUAGUGAGUGGUACACUUUAUUUCUUAACCAGUGAAGCAAGUAAAGUCUGAAAAAAAUGUAGAAAUCAAAUUGAUUUUUAAUGACUUGUCCUUUUAGCACUAUUUUCAGAAGUUGUUUUAUGCCUAUCCUAGGUACAUGAAUUGGUACUAGAUGAAAAAUUAAUCAAAAAGGUUAAAAUAUUAUAAUGAGAGAACUUAAUGUUUUUAUGGUAUUUGUAAGAAAUGUAUCAAAAGCUUGUUACAAGUCUUUUUAGUUUUUGACUCUGAUAGUUAAUAAAAUUAUACUUAAUCGUAA